AAGAAAAAAAUGAAGGGGUUUCAAAAUGGCCCAUCCUUAAGGUAGCAGCAGCAGCAGAGCCGGGUCCUCGUGCAACAGGAACAACAACGGCUGCCGUCGACGCCGUUGCGGGGGGUGGGGGAGAAAAAAAAAAGGAGGGUGAGGAGAGGAAGGUCCUCCUUUUCGGUCACUUUGCUGAAGCGGCUUUUUUUUUUGCAGCCCCCCCCCCCCUGUGACUUUUGCCUUUCUUUCUGCCGCCAAUGGUCCAAAGCGACAUGUCCAAAUCGCCUCCCAACCCAGCCACGGCGGCGCAGGAGAUGCAGAUGGAGCUACUGGAUAACCCCCCGGCGCUGGUCACAGCCGUGCAGUCAUACAGCAAAGGCGCAAGAAGAAAAAACAGAUUUAAAGGCUCAGACGGGAGUACAUCUUCUGACACUACCUCUAAUAGUUUUGUUCGGCAGGGUUCAGCGGACUCCUACACUAGCCGUCCAUCUGAUUCAGAUGUAUCUCUUGAGGAAGACAGAGAGGCAGUGCGGAGAGAGGCAGAACGACAGGCCCAGACACAGUUGGAAAAGGCAAAGACAAAGCCUGUUGCAUUUGCAGUCCGAACAAAUGUUAGCUACAGUGCAGCUCAUGAUGAUGACGUACCAGUCCCAGGCAUGGCCAUCUCAUUUGAGGCAAAGGAUUUCCUACAUGUUAAAGAAAAAUAUAAUAAUGACUGGUGGAUAGGACGAUUAGUAAAAGAAGGCUGUGAAAUUGGAUUCAUACCAAGUCCAGUCAAAUUAGAAAACAUGAGGCUGCAGCAUGAACAAAAGACUAAGCAAGGAAAAUUUUACUCCAGUAAAUCAGGAGGAAAUUCAUCGACCAGUUUGGGAGAUGUAGUACCUAGUUCCAGAAAGUCUACACCUCCAUCAUCUGCUAUAGACAUAGAUGCCACUGGUUUAGAUGCAGAAGAAAUUGAUAUUCCAGCAAACCAUCGCUCCCCCAAACCCAGUGCAAACAGUGUCACAUCACCCCACUCCAAAGAGAAAAGAAUGCCCUUCUUUAAGAAGACAGAGCACAUCCCUCCGUAUGAUGUAGUGCCUUCUAUGCGACCAGUAGUCUUAGUGGGGCCUUCCUUAAAGGGUUAUGAGGUUACUGACAUGAUGCAGAAAGCAUUAUUUGAUUUUCUAAAACAUAGGUUUGAAGGGCGUAUAUCAAUCACACGGGUAACAGCAGACAUCUCGCUUGCCAAACGCUCAGUAUUAAACAAUCCCAGCAAGCAUGCGAUAAUAGAACGAUCUAAUACAAGGUCAAGCUUAGCGGAAGUACAGAGUGAAAUUGAACGAAUAUUUGAAUUAGCAAGGACAUUACAACUGGUAGUACUUGAUGCUGAUACUAUUAAUCAUCCAGCUCAACUUAGUAAAACCUCUCUGGCUCCCAUUAUAGUAUAUGUAAAGAUUUCCUCCCCAAAGGUUUUACAGAGAUUGAUAAAAUCCCGAGGAAAAUCUCAGGCUAAGCACCUUAAUGUUCAAAUGGUAGCCGCUGAUAAAUUGGCUCAGUGCCCUCCAGAAAUGUUUGAUGUAAUUCUGGAUGAGAAUCAACUUGAAGAUGCAUGUGAGCACCUAGCUGACUAUUUGGAAGCUUAUUGGAAGGCCACACAUCCUGCUAGUAGCCAUCCCCCGAAUCAGCUUCUCACUCGCACACUGGCAACUGCCACUCUUCCUAUCAACCCUGGCCAAAAUGUUAAUUUACAGGGCUCUCAAGGAGAUCAGAGGAAUGAACAAACAACCAUUGAACGAACUGGUUCUCAAGGGGAAGAAGAAGCACGGGCUGAACCCACCAGGAAAUCUCAACACCGCUCUUCCUCUUCAGGUCAUCACCAUAACCAUCGUAGUGGAACUAGCCGUGGCCUCUCUAGGCAAGAAACCUUUGACUCAGAAACACAAGACAGCAGAGAUUCAGCCUACAUGGAGCCAAAGGAGAACUACUCGCAUGAACAUUAUGAUUCUCAUAGAGAUCACAGUCACAGGGAUGAGUCUCAUGGGAGCAGUGAUCACAGACAUCGAGAAUCAAGGCACCGCUCAAAAGAAAGAGACCGAGAGCAGGACCAUAAUGAAGGCAACAAGCAGCGCAGCCGACAUAAAUCAAGGGACCAGUAUUGUGACAGGGAUGGGGAAGUAAUCUCUAGGAAACGCGAUACAGCAGAAUGGAAGAGGGAUGUGUAUAUCCACCAGUAACAUUUGCCUCCAGCAGUUUUGUGUUUCUUUUGAGGUUGUGUAUGACAAAGCCCCUUUUCAAAACACAGAUACACACUCACAAUUUGGAUUUUUAAUGACAGAAAUGUGGUGUUCUAUAUGCUGAUUUUGUAUUGCUGUUGCUUUCACAGCAAUAGUGUGAAACAGAAUAUUUAUUUUGAUUACUGCUGUAACACAUCGGCAUAGUACAAUUGCAAAAUUCCUUCCCCCCCCCCCAAAGCUGUUUUUGGUAGCUGCCACCUGAACAAUAUCUGUUGCCAUCAAGAUGUUCUAAAUGUUUUCAGACAAAAUACAAUUGAUGUUUAAAUAACUGCUCAUGUUUUUCAGCAAGCCAAAAUCAGCACAUCCAAAAUUUAACCUCUCAUCAAUUCUGAUUUUUCAAAUCUGUAGGCACCCAAUUUAUGAAUUAAAAGCCACUUUCUGUUGCUUGUAUCUCUAGCGGACUACAUUUGGGGACAAAAUUCAGCCUUGCCUUACAGGGGAUCAUAAAAGUGAAAAUCUCUUUUCUAUGUACUGGUACUGUGUACUGUAUAGACCGUUUAUAAAUGUUAUUUCUGCAAACACCUUCUUACAUACAAUUGACUACACUGUUUUAGAGUCCUAAUGCCAAGUCAGCAGAUUUGCUUUUGAAUUACUGGCAACUUGAACUAGCCUCAUUCAGGAAUUUGUUAACAGUGUUCACUCUAGACACACUUUCUUGUACUUAGUGUAAAUAGGAAUGAAUACUUUAGAUAAAAGGUUGGAUUAUCCUUGCAAACUUAUGUUUUGCAUUUCAAAUCUGUGACAAAAAUAACGUGACACUAUAAAUGGCCCUACUCUGCACAGUACACAUUAACUGCAGUAGGCACACAGACAUCUUUUUUCCUGUCAGCUUGGCAGGCCACACUUGGUAUGGUGUACAAGAGUGUGCUUGUGUUUAAAACAAUAUUGCACAGAUAUAAAUAUGACAAAAGUGGAUGCUAUGGGUACCCAAAAGAUUGUGAGGGCCAAACCACAUGCUAUAGAUCAACCAUAACUUACAAAUUCAGCUGCUCAGGCAUAAGAUCUCAUCACUUGUGUAGUGCAGUGUCAGCGGAAGACUAAUGGAAAACUCCAAGGCAACUUCCAUUAGAAAUUGCCAUACUUUUUGAGUAUACCAUCUUAUAGAAGUAGCACACAGUCUUCCAUUCCUUCACUUCACGCAUCACACCGCUCAUGUAAGUAAAUAGGCAAUGCAUCUGAACAGUGCAAUGUGACAGUUAGGGCCAAAUCAUAGCACAUUAGGCAGCCCUAAGCACAGAAGUUACUCCAACAAUCCAGUCAGUCGUCUUCUGUCUAUAACUCUAAAAGUCCGUAUUACAGGCAAGCAACAUGAGGAAGUUUACGGCUACGGGUAAUUGGGGAAGCAUUAAUCUGCUCGCUCUUCACUGAGAAUCCAGGAAAGUUGAAAACACAGGCAAAUGUGACUGUGAGUGUUUCACUGGAAAUGUACAAUUUUUGUGUUUUAGAGUAUUUGUUUUAGUAAGAAAAGUUUACACUGCUUGUGGAGAGUUAUUUUGUUGGAAAAUAAAUUUUUGUAGCUUCUCCACUUUUUCUAUA